GCUGCUGAGACUGGCCUUGAACUUGGGAUCCUCCCUCAGCCUUCCAAGUCGCUGGGAUUACAAGCCUGUGCCACCGUGCCCAGCUGUCACUGAUGAAAGUUUUGAGAGCCAUUGUUCUAGGGCAGGCUGGGAAUUACUCAGCUUUUCUCGUCCAGUAUUAAUUCUCCAAAUGGGGACUGUCGCGCGUCCACGGAGCUGCAGAAGACAAUGCAUGUCCCCGCGCUCCCGGUGAAGAACUUGAAUGGUACGGGACCGGUCCAUCCGGCCCUGGCAGGGAUGACGGGGAUCUUGCUGUGUGCGGCGGGGCUGCCAGUGUGCCUGACGCGCGCUCCAAAGCCCAUCCUGCACCCGCCCCCGGUCAGCAAGAGCGACGUCAAGCCAGUGCCCGGCGUGCCCGGAGUGUGCCGCAAGACCAAGAAGAAGCACCUUAAGAAGAGUAAGAACCCCGAGGAUGUGGUUCGAAGGUACAUGCAGAAGGUGAAAAACCCUCCUGAUGAGGAUUGCACCAUCUGCAUGGAGCGCCUUGUCACCGCAUCGGGCUAUGAGGGUGUGCUGCGGCACAAGGGCGUGCGGCCAGAGCUUGUGGGCCGCCUGGGCCGCUGUGGCCACAUGUACCACCUGCUGUGCCUCGUGGCCAUGUACUCCAACGGCAACAAGGAUGGCAGCCUGCAGUGCCCCACCUGCAAAGCCAUCUAUGGGGAGAAGACAGGGACCCAGCCACCUGGGAAGAUGGAGUUCCACCUCAUCCCCCACUCGCUGCCCGGCUUCGCCGACACCCAGACCAUCCGAAUCGUCUACGACAUCCCCACGGGCAUUCAGGGCCCUGAGCACCCCAAUCCGGGGAAGAAGUUCACCGCCAGAGGAUUCCCGCGCCACUGCUAUCUGCCCAACAAUGAGAAGGGCCGGAAGGUGCUGAGACUGCUCAUCACCGCCUGGGAGAGGAGGCUCAUCUUCACCAUCGGCACGUCCAACACCACGGGCGAGUCGGACACCGUGGUGUGGAACGAGAUCCAUCACAAGACAGAGUUCGGCUCCAACCUCACCGGCCACGGCUAUCCAGAUGCCAGCUACCUAGACAAUGUGCUGGCCGAGCUCACCGCGCAGGGGGUGUCCGAGGCUGCCGCCAAGGCCUGAGGCCCGGCCUGCCCACCCUCCCUCCUGCUUUGCCCUGGCGGCUCACACCUAGCUCGGCCAGGUGUGCCCUGAUGGCCCGUGCUCCGGGCUGGGGCAGGAGCCCGCAGGUGGAGCCCGAAGCAUUCUGGGGACUUGGCUAGUGGCGACUGGGAUGAUGGGAAGAGGACAGGCCACGGGGCUCCCACCAUAGCUCGCAGAACAGGCUGCAGAAAGAGUACCGGCAACCGCGGCGACCUCCCUACCAAAAAGACAGCGACCCUCCCCUCACGCCAACACACGUGUCCUGUUGAACACAUGCACGCACACCCACGUGCCUCUACUUGCCCCCAAACUGGGGGAGAAGAGACAGAAAGAUCCCAUGACACCCCGUGUGCGUCCCACGUCUGUCCCCGUGGCUUCUGUACCGCUUGUCUGCACAGAGGACCCCUGGCAGGCAUGAAGGGGCCUGCUGGGGCUCCCAGGAGGACACAGGAGUCCACCCCUGGGCCUCACCCACCCUGUAUCAUCACCCGUCUCUGCCGGCGCACUGAGUCCCGGGGAGGAAGGCCCCAGGUGACCAAUCCUACAGAGGGCUGGGCCACAGCAACCCGGGGCAAGGGACAUCUUAUUUUGUGCUCGUGUCUGUCUCUUCCUCCUUCUGGGACCCUGAACCCCGCCUCCUGUCCCAUCUCCAGCCUUAUGUCUGUCCCAGAUGAAAGCCCUUCUUUCCUCCCGCCCCAUCUCCUGGCCAGAUGGCGCCCAUCUUUGAGACCCAAAGGCUGUAGCUUCUGGCUCGAGGAGCGAGAGGAGGCCUUGAUCAGGCCAGCGCCUAGACGAGGGACAGCGGACAGCAAAGGGUUACUUUCCCUCUCCUCGGGAGCGGGCGGUGGGGUGGUUGAGAGUCUCCGGCCAACCAGGGGCCCGUUGCCCAGGCAACUCACCAGCUCCGCCUCUGUUGAUUGGCUGCCGCGGAGGACGUCAGCCAAGAUUUAAAGGGACGCCAGCGACUGCUCUUUUGAAAACCUACCCGUCCCACUGUGGGUGGAGAAAUAAAUGGUCUUUCUCCUCCUCGCCCA